AUGUCUCAAGCCAAGGAGAUCUUGUUUUCUACUUUACAUGAGCGCGGUGCGCUCUUGCUCAUCAUUGCCGUCGUAUUUUCCGCAUCAUACAUCUAUCCGCGGCUGCGCAUAAAGCAGCAGCUGAGCCGGAUCCCUCUGAUGGGACAAGAGAUUGGAGGCUACUACAAACGACGAAACGAAUUCUUGAGAGAUCCUAUGAGAUUCUACUGGGAAGGCUACCAAAAGUGCAAGAAUCAGUGUUUUCGCGUCACGCACUAUGAAGGCGAGCGAAUUGUUUUGCCGGGAACGGCGCUUGAUGAGCUUUGGAACAUGUCGGAAGCUGUUCUCAACAAGAAUAAAGCAUAUGAUCAAAGGGUACUCAGACAGUAUACGGGUCUGCCAUCCGGCAACCCCUUCUUGGUGCAUUGCAUCCGCUCAGACCUGACAAGAAAUCUCAAGCGCAUCAAUCAUCAUCUAGUGUCCGAGAUUGAGAAGACAGUUGAUGAAACCAUCGGCCCUUGUGAAGAGUGGACUUCGCAUCCGAUUUACCGGACCUCACUCCGCAUCGUCGCCAUUGUUUCUGGAUCCGUAUACGUGGGCCCAGAGUUCUGCCGCAAUGAGCAGUUCAUCCAUGACAGCAUCCACUUCACCGAGAAUGUCUUGGCCGCGGUGCACAUGCUUCAGAUGUACCCAGGCUGGAUGCGGCCCAUCGCUCGCUUCUUCAAGCGCGAGCGUACCCAGCUUGCCAAAUCCUGGGAGCACCUGAAGGCCUCUAAGAGACUCGUGGUUCCCAUUAUUCAGCAGAGACGGGAAGAGGUCAAGGCCGGCCGCGCAUCUUACGACGACAUGCUAGCCUGGAUGAUGGCAAAGCAGGGUGAAUGGAAGCAGACCGAUGAUGACGUGGCCGGCUCGAUGGUCCAACUCGGUGUUGCUUCCACUCACAACACAUCCUCUACGAUCGCUCAAACGUUGUUCCAGCUGGCUAUUCGUCCCGAGCUGGUAAAGGAGCUUCGGGAGGAGGCCCAACGAGUGUGCGAUCAGUUUGACGGACAACUCAGUCCUGUCGCUUUGCAUGAGCUGAAGCUGCUCGACAGCGUCAUGAAGGAAGCCCAGAGACUGAAUCCUACGACUCCUUCUCACUUCCACCGCUACGUGGAAAAGGACAUCACACUGAAGGACGGCACGCUCAUUCCCGAGGGCAUCACGGUUGAGGCCAUCUUUGCCCCGCCACUAUUUGACCCUGUUCUAUUUCCCGACCCUCAGACCUUCGAUCCAUACCGCUUCCUCAAGCUCCGCAGGGGAGAGACCGAGGAUCCGAAUCACUACAAGAACAAGGAGCAGUACACAUUCAGCCACGCUACCAAGGAGAACUUGGCGUGGGGCUACGGCGCUCAUGUCUGCCCGGGUCGGUACUUUGCCAACAAUGAGAUCAAGCUCAUCUUGGCGCGUAUGCUUCUCCGUUACGACAUUCGGAUGCCGGGUGGAGUGAACGAGGUUAUGAAGCCGCAAAGAGGCGGGAUGGGAUGGACACCUGAUUUGAGAAAGCCGAUUGAGUUUAGAGCUGUGAGGCAAUGA